AUGCGGACUCUAAUACGAAAUUUUUUCAUAUGCGUAGUUGUCACAAUCAUAAGUGCUAGCGUAAUCCUAGAAGAUUACGAGAGGAACAGAAACAGCUUACUUGAAGAAGAAAACGUGCAUGCUCUCGGAGGAAAACUACAACUCGAUAGUGAAGAAGCAAUACUAAACAAAAUAUUGAAGCAGCUCAAGGAAGCUGAAGUAGACGAGUCCUUCAAAAACCCAAACCGGUUCAAUUUCUCAAAACACUAUUUCACAUACAGAGAUGAAAUCAGUAACUCGAAAGUGUAUCAGAUAAUCAAACGGAUGCCCAAAGGCGGAGCAUUGCAUGUACAUGGUACACUGAUGUUAGGUGCGGAUUAUUUGUUAAAUCUGACGUAUCAAGACCACUUAUACACGUGCUACACGGACGACGUUUUCGAAUUACAGUUCUCAGAUGCUAUACCACAGCGACAUUGUCCUGUUAAAUGGACUCUCCUUACUGAACUAAGGCGUGUGUCAGAUGACGUCAAGGCAUUUGAUGCGGCAAUAAAACAACAUUUCACCAUAUAUUCUGAAGCACAAGAAGAUAUCGACAUUAUCUGGGAAAGAUUUGAGAAAGCAUGCUAUGUAAUUAAAUCUCUAAUAUUAUACAGACCUGUGCGAGAAAAAUUCUUGUAUGAUUCUUUGAAAAGAUUUUACAAUGACAAUGUUAUGUAUAUCGAAUUAAGAAGCGGUUUACAUAGCUUAUAUGAACUAGAUGGAACGCAGCAUGAACGAAUGUAUAUGGUGAAAUUAUACCAAAACAUUACAAAGAAAUUCAAGCAAGAUUAUCCAGAUUUUAUAGGUAUUAAAUUGAUUGUAACAAAACACCGAGGAUCGGAUAUUGAACAAAUUCGACAAACAUUGGACUUUGCUAGACAAAUUAAAAGAGAAGUUCCUGAAAUGUUUGCUGGAUUUGACUUAGUAGGGCAAGAGGACAAAGGAAAACCUUUGGUAGACUUUCUUCCAGCUCUGUUAGAAGCCAAAGAAGAAAUUAACUUUUACUUCCACUGUGGAGAAACGAAUUGGUUUGGCAUGGCAACUGAUGAAAAUUUAGUCGAUGCAGUAUUGUUGGGAUCUAAAAGGAUUGGACAUGGUUACGCGCUGACGAAGCACCCUACUUUGAUGGCAACUGUGUACAAGAAAGGUAUCGCAGUGGAAGUGAAUGUACUAUCGAAUGCUGUGCUUAGUUUAGUCCAUGAUGUGAGAAAUCAUCCGUUAGCAGUAUUUCUGGCUUUGGACCUUCCUGUAGUAUUGUCGAGUGAUGAUCCAGGUGUCUGGGGUGCAGAACCGUUAGCACACGAUUUCUACAUAUCUUUUGUAGGUGUGGCAAGUAAGCAUGCUGAUCUUCGCACGCUUAAACAAUUAGCUUUAAACUCGAUUAAAUAUAGUGCUCUAGAUAAUAAUGAAAAAGAGAGGUCCUUGUGAAAGAAUUCAUCCUGUGAAGUACAUAUUGCCAGCUUAUGCCGCCUACCUUUACCUUAUGCCGCUUACCUUUCAAAACCGGAACACAGUAGGUAAUGCUGACAUUACUGCUUGGCGGAUGAUAUUUUAAACUAUAACGAACUUUGACACGUCGACAUUUCUCGCCAAAAUUACAUCAAUUAGCAAAAGCUAAGUUCAACAUUAGCUCAACUGUUUUCUUAUAUUUGAGUGUAACCGACAAAUUAAUAUUAAAAAAAAUCGUAACUGACACCGUUGUGGCAACCGACACCGAUUUUAUUAUAUUACUAAAUGACGGGACAAACAAAUCGUGCGCCAGAGCUUUAAAUCACAAACAUCUGAGGGGCACUGCCACU